AUGGCAGCUCAAAGUUCACAAUUUCAGGAGGAGAAUAGAAGUAAUAUGAGAAACACUGGUUCUUUAAUAAAAAAUCUGGAAGUGCAAAUGAGUCAGAUUGCUCAACAACUUGCAGGUUCGCAAACACCAGGUGCAUUACCGAGUGCUACAAUUACAAAUCCACGAGAGCAUAAUAAUGUGAGUGCGGUAACCACAAGGAGUGGUAAGGCGAAAGAAGUCCCUAAAAAAGAUGAGAACCAAGAAGACCAAUUGCUUGAAGUUGAUUUGGAGAUAAAAGAAAAUGAGGUUGUUAGUGAAGAGGUGACGGUACCUAAACCAGUGGUUAAAGAAAAAGGUAUUAAGAUUCCGGUAAAGAAAAAAGAUCGAGGCUCGAUAACUAUCCCUUACACUAUCGGGGAUAGAUCUUUCAAGAAGGCCCUUAUAGACUUAGGGGCAAGUGUGAGCCUUAUGCCGUUAUCCAUCUACAAGAGGUUGGGGAUUGGAAAAGUACAGGAUACCAGAAUGACACUUCAAUUUGCUGAUCACUCCGUGAAGAGACCUUAUGGAGUGGUGGAAGAUGUUCUUGUGAAGAUUGAUAAGUUUGUGUUUUCGGCCGACUUUGUGAUCUUAGAAAUGCCGGAAGAUGAAGAGAUACCGCUCAUUCUUGGUAGACCAUUUUUAGAGACCGGGUGGUGUUUGAUAGAUAUAGAAGAAGGCACCAUGACUCUAAAAGUUUAUGACGAAGAGUUAAAAAUUGAUGACUCGAAGCCAAAACUGUUGCGAUGGAUCAUGCUCCUCCAAGAGUUUGAUGUGGAAAUCCAGGACAAAAGAGGGUGCGAAAAUAUUAUGGCAGAUCACCUCUCCCAGAUGUCCCUCAUAGAGGAGAAUGAGGAAAAGCGUCCAAUAAAGGAUGAGUUUGCUGAUGAACAUAUCCUUGCUGUUAUUGGAAUCCCUUGGUUCUAUUUGUGGGACGACCCCUUCUUGUACAAGAAGGGAGUAGAUGGGUUGGUCAGAAGAUGUGUUCCAAAAGAAGAACAGAGGGAUGUGUUGAAAGCUUGUCACGGUUCAGACUAUGGUGGACACUUUAGUGGUGAUAGAACCGCUGCCAAAGUCCUCCAGUCAGGCUUGUGUGAGCAAUGUUUGCUAGAGGAGUUAAAGAUAGCGGUUGCAAAAAGUCUCUGA